UUGGCGUCAAUCUGUUGUCAAAAUGGCUGAUCACGAUAUUCUCCACCAUUACCAACAACUUUCGCUCUGUUUGUGCGAUCUAAUUCGGUUGCUAUGGGCCCUGAUCAUCCCAUGCCUGUACCUGUCUCUGUUCCUCACUCUUUUGCUGCUGUUGCUUCUUCUGGGGGUGAGAUGUUGGCUCCAGAGCCGGAGGAGGGCCCGGAGGUCCCAGGAUAAGGGCCCCGCGGUCGCCUUCUUUCACCCAUACUGCAACGCCGGCGGAGGGGGAGAGAGGGUGCUUUGGUGUGCGCUCCGGGCUCUCAUGAACAAAUACCCAGAGGUCUCAUUUGUGGUGUACACCGGGGAUCAGGGCGUGAUUCCGGACCAGAUCAUUGAAGGAGCGCGGCGUCGCUUUAACAUCACUCUUCCUCGUGCUGUGAGCUUCGUCUUCCUCAGGACCAGGAUCCUGGUGGAGGCUGCCUCAUACCCUCAUUUCACUCUGCUGGGACAGAGCCUCGGGUCCAUGUUUCUGGGUUGGGAGGCCCUGACGUCCUUUGUCCCAGACCUGUACAUUGACUCCAUGGGUUACGCCUUCACUCUGCCCAUCUUCAGGUACCUGGGUGGAUGUAAAGUGGCCAGCUACGUGCACUACCCCACAGUCUCCACGGACAUGCUGUCAGUGGUCCGACAGAGGAAUCCCAGGUUCAAUAACUCGGACUUCAUCAGCCGAAACGCCAUCCUGAGUGCGGUGAAGCUGCUGUAUUACUGUUGCUUCGCCCUGCUCUAUGGUUUGGCUGGCUCCUGCAGUGACGUCAUCAUGGUCAACUCCACCUGGACUCUGGGUCACAUCCUGGCUCUGUGGCGUUCUCCGUCUCGUACCAGCAUUGUGUACCCUCCGUGCGACGUCCGCGCUUUCCUUGACAUCCCGCUCGAAAACGAAGACGACGAUGACUGGGAGGAGGUCGGACGGGAGCUCGGAGAUGAAAAUUUUCAAGCCAAACCUGACAAAAAGUGCACCUCUAUCGUGUCGAUCGGGCAGUUCAGACCGGAGAAAGAUCACAAACUGCAAAUCCAAGCUUUCAGGGAGUUACUGAACAGAAAAGGGGAAUUGAAGGAGGGGCUGAAGUUGGUUCUGAUUGGCGGAUGCAGGAAUGAGGAAGAUGAGGAUCGGGUGCUGAGGUUGCGAGGUUUCUGUGGGGAGUUGGAGGUGGGAGAUAAAGUGGAGUUUAAAUUAAAUGUGCCAUUCGAGGAGCUGAAGAAAGAACUGGGCCACGCCACCAUCGGGCUGCACACCAUGUGGAACGAGCACUUUGGGAUCGGAGUGGUGGAGUGCAUGGCCGCGGGCACCAUAGUCCUGGCCCAUAAGUCCGGAGGGCCGAAGCUGGACAUCGUGGUUCCUUUUGCGGGGGGACAGACGGGCUUCCUAGCCGACAGCGUGGAGAGUUACGCCUCCUGCAUGGAGACCAUCCUCUCUCUGUCCCCCGACGCCCGACUGGAGAUCAGACGGAACGCGCGGCAGUCGGUGGAACGCUUCUCAGACCAGGAGUUUGAGAGCAGCUUUUUGGGAGCCAUGGAAACGGUGAUGAGGAGACUGGAGCGGUGAAUGAGUGAAAUUUAAAGGACAUGUAAACCGUUUUCACCAUUAAAAAAUAAAAACUAAUACAGGCCAAAAUCAAGUGCUUCACAAGUAAUUGGUGGGUUUCAGAUGACGUUACACCAUUCUAUAGGCUAAUAAUACUGAAUAAAGAUGGGGGCAGCUAAAAUGAAUAUUGUUAGAAUGUAGAUUUUUGUUGUAGUACUGUGAGUUCUUGGAUAUAUCAUGGCAAAGUACAAUGUAAACAAUAGGAAAAUCUGUCUCGCCCCCAUGUGGAAGUAUGACAUCAUCACGUUUCAGAAUCUGAAAACCACCAACGAAGCAAACUGUGUUCAUUUUGGUGACAAUGGGAAAAAAAUUCAAAUGUAGAGAAAAGCAGCACUAAGCUAACCUGCUCAAAACCUGUUUGAAACCAGGUCUAAAAUAGCUUGAAGUCAAAACUGGAACAAAAAUUGAACAAAAGAUCAAAAUGUAAAAUUCUGCAUUGUAAUUCUGCAUUUUUUUUGUGACAAUUGAAGAAUUUUUCAUUUGUUUCGUAAAUUAAUAGCCGAUAAACUAAAAAAUGGAGAUGGCUUUAAAAUGCUAGAGUGCUGAGUGUUUUUAUCUAGCUUUAAACCAGAACAUAAAGAACAAACCCAGACUAAAGCUUAAGCUGGUUUAUCUCUGGACUAAAUGAAAAAUCUGCACUGUGCAACUUUUCUGGUGGGGUGAGUGCUCGUUUCCAUGGAGAUGUUAUUGCUUUACCUGCAGUAUGUCACUGAACUUAUUUAUGACCAUGGAUACAAGCACAUGAUGCCCCCUCCCCCCCCGCAGCCUGGUCAGAUCCGUGGAGCGGCGAUCCUGCUCAGAGUAGGAAUGUAUGUUUGAAUACGUCAUUGGAAACAAACAAGUAGCCCACCCUCCACCAGAAAAGUUACUUAGUGCACCUUUAAACGAGGUAGGUAAUGAAAACGUAGUAGUAGUAGAAAAGGAAGUUACAAAAAGUAGAUAUUUUCACUAUAAAAGUCUGACUAAAAUUCAAAAAGUUGUACAAAAUCGUAUCAAGUUAUUAGGUAUUUCUCACAGUUCAAAAGUUUGCAGCACUUUUAAAUACAUUUACUGUUCACUUAAAGCAGCCAAUUUUAAUUUUCUUUUCUUUUGAAUGAGCUUUGUGUUCUGUGCAAACCUUUUUUUUGAUUCUGGGUGAGUUCCACAUUUAUGUUACCCUGAAAACAUGCUUUGUUUAUGCUCAUUGUAGAUCAUUUGCAGUUUGAAUAAUAUUUAAGAAUAGAGAUUAGAGAAAGUUAAAGUUGCAAGAGUCUCCUUGAGUUACACGAAUAAGUUAUGUUUAAAUGCAGUGAAAGUGAAUGAAGGUGUUCAUAGUUUGUUUAUGGACCAAUGUAAUAUAACAGUAUGUGCAAUGUAGAGUUCAGUCCUUUUCAGAAGAGACGCAUCUAGGGGCCAAGUUCUAGUUUCUUUGACUGAAAUGCGUUCUGUAAUAAAGAUAAUAAUACAACCUUA